AUUUUUUCCUAAAAAAAAUGAAAUUGUAAUCAAUACGAUAUUUCAGAAUCCUCAGGGACUAGUCUGCAACUUAAAUUUAAUCGGGGGCCAAUAGCAAAUGUGUGCGCCUAACUGACUGCUACGAACAUUUCUGAAUCACAAAACCCUAAACCCUAAAGCCCUCAGAAAUCCAUCUCGCCUCUUCCUUGAAUAGUUACAUGAUUUGAGCGUUCUUGUUUGUUUAUUUUUCUUUUUAUCGUUCUGCGAUUAAUUCUAAAAUUUGAAGCAAAUGGAGGAAGUAAAGAAAUUUUUCCGUAACAUUUCAAAGUCAGGGGAUUCCUCGUCCGAGACUCCAUACAGUUUCAGUGGAAAAGGAGGAGUAACUACUGCUUUAUCUUCUUCUGAUCAAUCUCGGGCUUUGAUGACUAGGCCUCCCAGACAAAUGGUUUCACUGUGGACCUGUUCAAAGCUUUGUUCGAUUUUCUUUGUUGCUGGAGUUGUUGUUGGCUGCACGUUGAAGAGACGUGUUCGGAGGUGGGCUUCUAAGCUUCUCAAGAGAUUGAAAGAUGACUGAUGCUAAACAUCUUUCAUUUCCCAUGUAAUGGAAUUGCCGCUGUCUUUGAAUAUUGCAAUUUGAAGACUUCCUACUUCAUAGCUUAAUAUAUGAGAAUUGGGUUGCGAAAUUGCUAGAUAUGUGUUGUCUCUUAUCUAUAUCUCAUGCCAAUGACAUGAUUCUUGGUUUAGAAACUUCUAUAAGCUCAUUCACUGAUAGGUGAUACCCGUUAAUUUUUGCUUUUAUUGAUAAACGGAUGAACUUCUAUUGGAUUGUUAACAUAUAUAUUUCUCUCUGCUAAAUUACAUUCCUAGCACCUAGAAAAAAAUUCCACUCAAAA